AUGGCUGACUCUGUGUCACCUUGUUUGAGAGUGGUGUGCUCCGUGCUUUCCACCGCCAUAUUAGGUUUCUCUGAGCUGCCGGAGCUGAGGUCUUCUGAAGAGAGCGUCGUCUGGAUGAGUGUCCACUCUUCUGUAGUGGGACAGGUUGUUGCAUUAUGUGCUCCGCCUAUGCCAGAAGUCGGAAGUUUGUGUCACUUUGCUCUAACAAUAUUGAGCUUGAAUGAAGGCUUAUGGGCAUUUCCGCUUUCAAAGACAAAGCCUUCUGAUCCAAAAGUGGAGUAUGAAAAUAUACUUACCAUUGCUAAGCAUCUUCUAAGUGACACCAAGCAUGUCUAUCACAAUUUUAAAGCAAAAUAUCCAUCAGAAGGAGAGCAUAAACUGGAUACUCUGCCCACACUGUCUAUAAAUGCUGGAGAAUUGUCUUCUAUUCAGGUUCCAUCUGGUCUCACAAAGCUUAGCACUGACCUUUUCUUGUAUCAGAAACAUUUUGAUUGGCUGAAGAAGGCAGCUCAUGCUAUUCGAUCUAUGGACCAUGAAUUUACCAGUAUUCAUAACCGCAUUGACAAACUAGUGAAAAAGAUUGACUUGUUGAUGAUAAAGCUCAACAUUGUACGUGUCAGUGAUCCACCUUUGCCUCAGUUGCCUAACUCAACAACCCAGUGGGGCGUAGUGCAAGCUGGCCAUGCCAUAUUCCACCAUUUUCACCUGUUCUUGGACUAUGCUACGCGUGUUCUGUUUCUGAUGAAAAAUAAGUUGUGA